AUGGCUCUAAUGUCGACAAGAAAUGCCGAGGAAAAAGUGUUUUCUCAACUUUUAGCUACAGUAAUUUUAUACGGCUCAGUGUCUAUAUUCUACGAAGCUGUUGUGAUGUUAGAUGGUGUGAUAGAUGAGCGUCAAGUUAUAACUCUAAUAUCACUUUUGAAUAUUAUAAAUUAUUUUCCGGAAAUGUCACUUCCAUUAAUGCUUAUGAUAUCUGCUUUGAAAUCUUCGAAAAAUGUGUCCAGCACAACUGUCUCAACUUUGAAUCGAUGA